GCCGCUUCGUCGCCACAGGGCACCCGGGCACCGGAGACCAUGGGGAAGCUGAUGGUUCUGAGCCUGCUUGGGGCCGGCCUGGCCCUCAUCGGGGAGAGGUUAGGGGCACUUAGACAAAGAGCUAAUGCAUCUCGGGAAGUGGAGCCAGUAGAACCCCGGUACUGCCACCUCAUUGAGGGACUUGAAAAUGGCUCUGAAGAUAUUGAUAUACUUCCUAGUGGGCUGGCUUUUAUCUCCAGCGGAUUAAAAUAUCCAGGCAUGCCAAACUUUGCACCAGAUGAGCCAGGACAGAUUUUCUUGAUAGAUCUGAAUGAGCCAAACCCAAGGAUCCAGGCACUAAACAUCAGUGAUGGUUUCGACAAAGCAUCAUUUAAUCCACACGGAAUCAGUACUUUCAUUGAUGAAGACCAUACUGUGUAUCUUUAUGUUGUGAAUCAUCCCCACAUGAAGUCCACGGUGGAGAAAUUUAAAUUUGAGGAAAAACAACGUUCUCUUGUACACCUGAAAACUAUAAAACAUGAACUUCUCAAAAGCCUGAAUGACAUUGUGGUUCUUGGACCAGAACAGUUUUAUGCCACAAGAGACCACUACUUCACCAACUUCUUCUUGGUACUAUUAGAGAUUAUCAUGGAUCUUCGUUGGACUUAUGUUGUUUUCUACAGUCCAGAAGAGGUCAAAGUGGCAGCCAAAGGAUUUAGUUCUGCCAAUGGGAUCACAGUCUCACUAGACAAAAAGUAUAUCUAUGCAGCUGAUAUAACUGCUCAGAACAUUCAUGUACUGAAAAAACAUGAGAACUGGGAUUUAACUCAAGUGAAGGUAAUACAUCUGGGCACCUUCGUGGAUAACUUAACUGUGGAUCCGGACACCGGAGAUAUUUGGGCAGGAUGCCAUCCCAAUGGCAUGAAGCUGCUGAUCUAUAACCCUGAGGAUCCUCCAGGGUCCGAAGUACUUCGCAUCAGGAACGUUUUGUCUGAGAAGCCUAAAAUCAGCACCGAGUAUAGCAAUAACGGCUCCGUGAUUCAGGGAAGCUCCGUGGCUUCUGUGUACCACGGAAAACUGCUCAUAGGCACGGUAUUCCACAAAGCUCUGUACUGUCUCUUCUAGACUCCAGACAUUCCAAGAAGUCUUGUCAACCAAUGAAAGACAAAAUGGCAAGCAGCAAAAUAAAUGCAUUUAUUUGGGGUCUUCGGGAUUGCAAACAUGGGAGACGUAGAUUCAACUAGAAUUGAGAGCGUGCCCCAGAGAGACAAAGGAGGUUAGAGUUUUUAAAGAGGAAAGAGGGAAUUUAUGUGAGUUGUUUGAAGAAAAGGUGCUUGGGGUUGGUAUAGCUACAGUGACACUAAUCUAUGUGUGAAUGGUUGGUAGGGCAGACAGAAAGUCCAUUUAUGUCCAUCUUAACACCUAGUAGAUGCCUUGGCUAUUAGCUGAGUUUAGCAAAAAUUCUGAGAAUUUGAUACAGAACAUGGGUGCAUAAGCCCCACCUCCUCGACGUCUUCCCGGCUCCCUUUUAAAUAACUUUCUUAGUAAUGGUCACUCAAUUUUAUUGUCUCUGUUGUCAGUCUACAUGUUUGGUAAAAAUAAACCUGUAAUUAGGGGCACCUGGGUGGCUCAGUCGGUGAAGCAGUGAAGCGUCUGCCUUCAGCUCAGGUCAUGGUCCCAGGAUCCUGGGAUCGAGCCUGGCCUCAGGCUCCCUGCUCAGGGGGAGUCUGCUUCUCUCUCCCUCUGCCUCUUCCCCAGCUUGUGCUCUCUCGUUCUCUCCCUCACUCUCUCUCUCAAAUAAAUAAAUAAAAUCUUAAAAAAAAAAACCAUAAUUAUAUGAUAAGUGGAAUUGUACAUAAAUGACAAACACCAAUAAUAGUGUGCCCGGCUUUUCUUAUGUGAAGAAGCCUAGCGAUUACAUAAUAUCCACUAAGUCCCAAGUCAAGUGAGUGACAGUCCAAUAAGAAGCCAAACUUCUCAAUGCUUUUUGUCCAGUAUCCCCGAUAUUCUUUCUACAGUAAGAUGUGUAAGCUGUGGUGAGCGAGGUAUCCAGCUCACCCAGGGCUCCUCGCUAACCAUGAAGCAAAACUACCUCCUACAUCUGAUGAUCUGAGACUCCAGCUCAAAUACUGACAAUUCCCCUUCUCUUCCUUUGAUUGUGCUAGGCACAAACUGCCAGUCAAGUGCCUAGGCCAUGGAUAAAAGCAAGAAUUGGCACCAUGAAACUGCCCAAAGCCCUCUUAAAACAUGCAGUCUCUCCAGUACACACAGGAAAUUAGAUUCUGGAAAAUCUGAUGGAGACCGGUCUCACUGGCUACCUUAGGGUAGAACGGGGCUGAUCUGUUCCUUUGUAACAAACAGGUCUUUAUGUGUAGUGCUAUCCGUGUCUAAAGUACUCGAAUCAGCUUACCUCUAAAUCAUGGGAUGGGGCCUUAGGGCUAUGACCUUCAACUGCUUUAAACUUUCCCUCUGGUUAAUUCAAUACACACCCUAUUAAGCAACAUCCCACAGACUUCAACCUAUAAAUCAGAAUUAAAUAAUAUGGCUUUGGCUUAAAGUCCUAUCUUAAGGACCAACUCAACCUUAGUUUGAUGAGAAUAAAUAGAAAUGUCCUGUUCCUGGUCAAAAACCAGGACAAUCUUUAGCAAAUCACUAAUGGGAGUCAGUCUGCCCAAGCACCCCACCCUUUUCUUUUGUGACUUCCGCUGGGGAGUAGUUAGUUGAAUUUUCUCCCCCCUCUCUUCGGGAUGGGGAAUUGAGGAGGUUUCUUUAUUUCCUAACAAUUUUUGCUCAAUUAGGUCUAAAUUUUGCUUAAAAUUUUGUAUCGGGGAAAAAUUCUACUAUGUAGCCCAUGCAACCCUUUCUGAUUUAGGCAGUAAGACUGUAGUUUCCAUUGAUUCAGGGAAGGGAUGACCCAGCAAAAUGUUCCAGUCAGUUCUUAGAUUUUAAGUUUCAAAAGCCUAAUCAUCAGAGAGACACAGAAAAAAACUAUGAGCAAUAACUAAGAUACAGUCAAUUUGAAAAAAAAAAAAGGUAUUAUUCUCUGUCCCUAACCCUUACACCCAAUAGAUUAUAUACAGUUUAUCAGACUAAAGGGAACAUGGAAAGCCAGAGAUUGGAUGACUAAGGGCAUUUAGAUUCUGGUGGGUUCCUGAGAAUUGGCCCUGCCCUGCCUUCUCCCCAGGCCAACUUAGAAAAGGCUGGAUGAUAAAACCCCCACAGACAUUUGGGGGAUCUGAUUGUUGAAAGACCAAUGUGUCCUUUCACAGAGAGGGCUUAGGAAAGUCACAAGACUCGGGGGUUCUCUUUCAUGUAGGUGAAGGAGAAUGAAUAGAAACGUCCCAUUCCUGGUCAAAAACCACAAUCUUUAUGUGAUUAUCUUGAACCUCUUCUGUCACUUGGUGUGGGAAGGAGGGGGAUUGUCCCUCCUAAUAAAUGCUGCAUUUUGAUGACUUAUUCUCUGGUCUCUCUGUUUAAAUUGUCAGAGAUGUGUCUAGGGAUAUAGCUGGUGAUUAGGGGUAGUUUAGCUCAAGAAGGAAAAUAAUAAAGAUAAGAGCAAAAACCUAUAUGAUAGCCAGAGCCAAGAUGGCCCCCAAGGAUCCUUACUUCCUGGUAUUCAUUCCCUAGCAUAGUUCUUCCCACACCAAAUAUGGCUGUCCCCUGUCAUUAAUAGGAUAUUCCAGAAAUGAUGAUAUGUGACUGUCAAGGCUAGAUUAUAUAAAAACAUUACCAUUUUGACCUUGCUCACGAAAAUUGUGCAUCAUGAUAAAAGUUACUGACUGUUUUAAAAUGCUAAGCUCUGGAGUACUUUGUUAUAAUAAUUAGUCAACUAAUGAAACAGGAAACCAUGUAUAAUGUAGAGAUUCAACAAAAGCCAAAAAGUUCA